ACAAUAAGCGAACAUAAUCUGAAAACAAACUAUCAACAAACGAUUCCAAUAGAUCAACAGAUGAAUGGAGCAUGGAGUCUUAUCAUUGGUAUCGUCGUAGCCAAUGCCAUGUUCGCAGCCAAUGUCUUCUUAUGGAGGUGGCUAAAGGCAUUAGCGUGUAAAGCCCAAAGGCUUCCUCCAGGCCCACCAAGAUGGCCCAUUGUCGGUAACCUUCUCCAAUUGGGCCCUCUUCCUCACCGUGACCUGGCCCAGCUAUGUGACAAGUACGGCCCAUUGGUUUACCUCCGGCUAGGGAGCGUCGAUGCCAUCACGACCAACGAUCCUGACACAAUCCGAGAAAUCCUUCUCAGACAGGACAACGUUUUCGCCUCGAGACCCAAAACCUUAGCCGCGGUCCAUCUAGCCUACGGAUGCGGUGAUGUGGCCUUGGCUCCUAUGGGCCCGCAAUGGAAGAGGAUGAGGAGGAUUUGUAUGGAACACUUGCUAACCACCAAAAGGCUCGAGUCUUUUGCCUCGCAACGGGCCGAGGAAGCACGGUAUCUCGUGCGAGACGUUCUUGAACGGGCCGAGACCGGGAAGCCCAUAAACCUUAGAGAAGUAUUGGGUGCUUUCUCCAUGAACAACGUGACGAGGAUGUUGCUAGGGAAGCAAUUUUUUGGGCCUGGAUCGGUAGUGGGCCCAAAAGAGGCCCAAGAGUUUAUGCAUAUAACCCAUCGAUUGUUUUGGUUGUUGGGUGUGAUUUACUUGGGAGACUACUUGCCGUUUUGGAGGUGGGUCGACCCUUACGGUUGCGAGAAAAGCAUGAGGGAAGUCGAGAAGCGUGUGGAUGAUUUUCACACGAAGAUCAUCGAGGAGCACAGGAGGGCAAGAUUGGAAAAUCACAACAAAAAAGAGAUGGAUUUUGUGGAUAUUUUAUUGUCUUUACCCGGCGAAAAUGGGAAUGAACACAUGGAUGACAUGGAAAUCAAAGCUCUGAUUCAGGACAUGAUAGCUGCCGCCACUGAUACGUCCGCGGUUACGAACGAAUGGGCGAUGGCCGAGGUGAUCAAGCAUCCAUCCGUGCUGCGAAAGAUCCAACAAGAGCUCGACAAAGUCGUGGGAUCAGACCGAAUGGUCAACGAGUCGGAUCUGACCCAUUUGAACUACUUGCGUUGCGUGGUACGAGAGACCUUCCGGAUGCACCCGGCCGGACCGUUUCUGAUCCCGCACGAAUCGGUCCGACCGACCACAAUCAACGGCUACUACAUCCCGGCCAAGACCCGUGUCUUCAUCAACACUCAUGGGUUGGGUCGAAACGCCAAGAUAUGGUCCGACGUGGACGAGUUCAUGCCCGAACGGCAUUGGCCCGAAGAAGGUGGUCGGGUCGAGAUAAGCCACGGACCAGAUUUCAGGAUAUUACCGUUCAGCGCCGGGAAGAGGAAGUGUCCGGGGGCUCCGCUGGGCGUGACGAUGGUUCUAAUGGGUUUGGCUCGGCUGUUCCAUUGCUUUGACUGGUCUCCGCCGGAGGGUUUCUCGCCGGAAGAUAUCGAUACGAAUGAGGUUUACGGUAUGACGAUGCCCAAGGCCCAACCUUUGUGGGCCGUUGCUAAGCCGCGCUUGCAGGCCCAUUUGUAUGGCCUUGAUUAAUCGGUCUUUAACACACGCAUCAUAAAAAACACAAAAGCUUUUAACUUUUUUUUUUGGCAUGACAAAAGCUUUUAACUUGGAAACGUUAUCUGUUACAUAUGCGAUCAUCUGUUGCUGUCUGAGUUGUGAUGCAUCAAAGGGGUGGCAAGUGAUAUCACUUGCCCAUCAAGAAAAACCUAAGAUCUUGAAGGGCAUUGUUUUCUUUUACUUUCUCUUUGUUUCUACACGUUUCUCUUGCAGAUUCUUGAUUCUGUUCUGGAAAAUAAAAGCUUUUUCUUGGGUAUUUUGGUCCACAUUUUCAAUAUA